GUUAUUUUAAAACGCCGGUAAAGUGUGCGCGAUUUCCUUCAGUCUACCCGAAACCAUUCAUCCGUGCUAAGCUAGCGCAACGGCUGGCUGUCGAGCUAACGUUAGCUGCUGCUCGAAUCCCCCCUUUAAACAAUAAAACGAAUAUUAUAUCCCGGAAUACGAAACGUCUGUGACUUCAACGAGAUGCCAACAGACCCGCAUAUGUACUUUCUAGCAGUGGGAAGUCUUUCUAAAAGGGUUUAAAUUUUUUUUAAUGGAGAUAAACCAGAGUGGUUUCCAUUCGGGGUUUAGCUUAGUGAGUUAGCAUAACCGUGGAGGAAGCUGCAGGUGUAACGUUAGAAGUGUCGCUGUGAAUAUUACUAUUAUUUGUUAUCAUACUUUGACCGAAGUGGGGACCUAUUUUAUGGUUGCUUUACCUUCGUUUUAUUGUGUUAUCGCCAUCUCCACCCCCCCUUGUGUUGGUGUUGUUUAUCUCUUUUGUUGACUCCACAGUCCUGCACAUGCGUUCAGAUUCAUACACUGCCAAGACUCUUUAAAUCCUCUUUUAAACCACGUGUGCAUCACCGAGCUGUGUUUCCCUCAAUUUGCAUAUCGAUUUAUUUGAUAAAGUCCAACCACCCAAAAGAUGGAAGACAAGCUGAAUGGAUUCCCUGUUGUGUCCCCGGAGUAUCUUCAACAGUGGGUUCAGUCUGCACAGCAGUUUCAAGCUCUCCAGGCCCAAUAUUCAGGCUUCAACCACAACCACCAGUCUCACUACCCAGAGGGGCCGACGGGAGAGGCGGCCAUGGCACACAUGGCUUACCCAGAACCCAUGACGGACCAGCAGGAACCUGCCGACCUGGCCAAACCCCCACCCAAAAAAAGAGGUCGAGCAGCUCAACCCAAGGAACCGAAGCCACCCAAGCCCCCGAAAGUCCCCAAGGUGCCGAAGCCGCCGAAAGCCCCCAAGGAACCCAAACCACCUAAAGUCCCCAAGGCACCGAAGCCAGCGAAGGACCCGAAUGCACCUAAAGCCAAACCCGGGCCCAAACCCAAGAAGGGCGCCGAGGCGCCGGCGGAUGGCAAGCAAGAGAAGAUCGACGAGAGCUUCAAGAAGGUGAAGAGGAAAAUCAACCGCUUCAAGGGAAUGUCGGAGGAGGAAGUCAUGACGAAGACUCUACCGGACCUGCUGGAUUACAACCUGGACUAUGUUAUUAUUGGUAUCAACCCGGGACUGAUGGCGGCUUGGAUCGGACGGUGGUUUCCAGGUGGUGGAAAUCAUUUCUGGAAGUGCCUCUUCCUGUCCGGCUUCACGAAGGAGCAACUCAACCACAUGCACGACACCACCCUGCCCAUCAAGUACAAAAUGGGCUUCACCAACAUGGUUUCCAGGGCGACGCCGGGGAGCAAAGACCUCUCAACUAAAGAGUUACGGGAGGGAGGGAAAAUUCUGGAAGAGAAGUUGAGGAAAUUCAAGCCUCUUAUUGCAGUUUUUAAUGGGAAAUGCAUCUAUGAAAUGUUCUGCAGAGAAAUGUUUGGUAAGAAACCAAAGAAACUUGACUUUGGGCUGCAGCCGCACACGCUCCCCGACUGCGACGUGGCUCUGUACCUGAUGCCGUCGUCCAGCGCCCGCUGCGCUCAGUUCCCCCGAGCUCAGGACAAAGUCCACUUCUACAUCAAGCUGAGGGAGCUCAGGGAUCAGCUGAAGGGCGUCCAGAAACCCGCCGAGAUCGAGGAGAUCAAAUACUCCUUCGACCUGACGUUGGCUAAAGAGGAUGUCAAGAACAAGGCGAUAAAGGAGGAGCAGUACGAUCCCGGUUACGAAGACGCUUUCGGCGGAGUGUACGCGGAGAGAGGACCGGAGGGGGAGGAGCCUCCCUCUGCGCAGACCAACGGCCACUGCACCUUCUCCACGCCGGAAAACACGGAGGCAUGCAAGGAAUUAAAAGUAACACCGGACGGAGCGCAGGAGGCGACCACGUCACAGCUCCCCGACGGACAGCUGCCGGACGGACAGUGGAUGACUCAGUCGUUCGCCGAUCAGAUCCCCGACAUCAGCGGCGCCCCAAAGGACGGCGGCGCACAGUGAAAAGACUUCCGGUUCGGUUUUUCGUUUUUUUUCUUGGUGUCCGGAUGGAAUAUACACGUAGAUGGGACUUCUUCUUUUUUUUUUUUGCCGAUUAUUCUCAGCAUAUUUUUACAUUUGUUUUUAUUUGUGGUCGUGUACUAAAGGUAUGAUCAUCUUCACGGGAGUCUUUUUUCUUUCUUUUUUUUCUUCUUUUUUUUAUAUAUAUGUGAAAUCAGGGACUUGACAAUGAUGCUCGACUGUCUUCGAAGAAGGUCAUGCAUGUAUUUAAAACGUUUUUUUUUUUUUUUGGUACUGCACUCCGAUGCAGAAGAAGUGUAAACAUUCAGGCUGCUGUCUGUCGGACAGCAGAUCAAACAACAGAUGAUUAUUUGAUAAGUUUGAUUGAUCGGCGUGAGCCUUUUUUUAGCGUCCUCCGCGUGAACUCGGCGAGCGGCGGUGCUUCACGCUCACGGUGCUACGACGUGACCGCGGUCACUGGAGGAACUCGCCGUGCAUGCUGGGAGAUUCUCCACUGAGGGGGAAUACUCCUGGCGAACCUUUUUUCAACAUCAGGUUACAUUUUAAUCUUUUUAGCGUCUUUCCUUUUUCUUUUCUUUUUUUAGGAAUUUUAGAAUUUUACAUUUUGUAUGUUUUAUGAAAUUGUCAUUCACGAGGAAUUUUAUGAAACGUGUCCAUUAAAAUGUCUUGAUGAUG